AUUUGUCAGAUAUUUUCUUAACGUGAAGAGAAGCAUUUGUGCAAACUACUACUACUACAAAGACAGAGAGAGAGAGAGAGAAGAAGAAGAAGAAUCUUGAGAAGUUGAGCCUCCUAUAAAGCGUGAAUCUCUCUCUCUCUCUCUCUCUCUCUCUCUCUCUCUCUCUCUCUCGCAUCACCGGGAAGAUCUCGCGGCGGCGGUGGUGGUGACAGUUUGACCAGAGAUGGCGGCGGAGAAUGAGAAAAAAUCUUCUUCAGCAGUCUCCGAUAUGGGAGCUUGGGCUAUGAAUGUGAUAAGCUCCGUUGGGAUUAUCAUGGCGAAUAAACAACUAAUGUCUUCUUCUGGUUUCGCAUUUAGUUUCGCUACGACUCUCACCGGAUUCCACUUCGCUUUAACCGCAUUGGUCGGUAUGGUCUCGAACGCUACUGGACUCUCUGCAUCGAAGCAUGUACCUAUGUGGGAGCUUAUUUGGUUCUCCAUUGUUGCUAAUGUCUCUAUUGCUGCUAUGAAUUUUAGUCUCAUGCUCAAUUCCGUUGGCUUUUACCAGAUCUCGAAGCUGAGCAUGAUCCCUGUGGUAUGUGUCAUGGAAUGGAUACUACACAGCAAGAGAUACUCAAGAGAAGUGAAAAUAGCUGUGGUGGUUGUUGUUGUAGGUGUUGGUAUCUGUACUGUGACUGAUGUUAAGGUUAAUGCCAAGGGUUUUAUUUGUGCUUGUGUUGCUAUUUUCUCCUCAUCUUUGCAGCAAAUUUUAAUAGGUUCCCUGCAGAAGAAAUAUUCAAUUGGGUCUUUUGAGCUAUUGAGUAAAACAGCGCCGAUUCAAGCUCUUUCCCUCCUUGUUGUUGGUCCUUUGGUUGAUUAUCUCCUUAGUGGGAAGUUCAUUAUGAACUACAGUAUGUCUUCCGGUUGCUUUCUAUUCAUCCUUCUCUCAUGUGCUCUAGCUGUCUUUUGCAACAUAAGCCAGUACCUUUGUAUCGGGCGGUUUUCAGCGGUUUCUUUCCAGGUUAUAGGUCACAUGAAAACUGUGUGCAUCCUCACACUAGGAUGGGUCCUAUUUGAUUCUGCAAUGACUUUCAAAAACGUAGCGGGCAUGAUUGUUGCUAUUGUUGGAAUGGUAAUCUAUAGUUGGGCUAUGGAAUUGGAGAAGCAGUCUAAUAUUGCUGCAGCAAAGGCGUUGAACAGUGUGAAACACAGCUUAUCAGAAGAAGAGUUUGGACUUUUGAAGGAAGGUGUAGAAACUACACAAUCGAAAGAUGUUGAACUUGGCUACACAAAAGGUUAGGAAGAUGGAUAGAGAAACAUAGUCUUCAGGUACAAUUUGUUCUGUUAUAAUAUGUGUAUGUGUUGUGUUAUCUAAACCAAGAGAUCGGAUCCGCAGAGAUUAGUCUAGGCUUCGAUCUAAAGUUUACUUGGUUAUACAAAUGUUUUGUGUUAUUUAUAUCUCUACUCAAUUCCAUGGAAAAUAACUUCAAUCACCAUAUGUUUUUGUUUUACAAAGAACUCAAAGAGUAUAUUCCUUUAUCUUU